AUGAUGCCGCUGUGGCGUGCGAUUCAAAAUGUCCUCGACUUACGAGGACUGGACCACCUGACGACUGCAAACGAGUGGCGUGUCGUGAAGACAAUUGCUGGAGAUUCAUACCAGCCUGUCCGCCACGAUUUCCCUCCACCACUGGCAGGUGUUGGCGCUGUUGAUUUGGCUGCUCUUCCUGCUGAGCUGCUGCUGGCGACCCAGGAUGACACUGCCAUCUACGGGUUCGGAUACGAUCCAACUCGGAUCCCAUUCGCUUGGAUAGAGGAGGCGUCAUUUGUUCCGUGGAAAUUUGUGACGUUUAAGCAAAUCCCUAUAAAAUGGUAUGCCAAUGUCUUUGCUGGCACGAGCAUCCGAAAAAAGUGGAAAUAG